AGUGGCUGAGAACAUCGUUGUCAAACCACAAAAAAAUUGAGUCCGAAAUUUUCCUUUUUAUUAUCUUAUUCGUUAAUUGUUAUUCAUUAAGAUCAUUUCUAUUUAAUAAAUCGUUUGGUCUACAUCAUUUCAAUAGAGAUCUAGAGGGAUCAUGAAGGCCAUUAUUAUCUUCUUUGUUGCUGUUAUUGCAUUAGGAUCCUGCGCAGAGGAGUGUUACAAAGAUACUUUGAUCGCUUGUAAUCCAACUUUGGCAAAACAACAAAAUGUUGUUGCCCACUGUAACGCCAAAUACGGAGGUAUCAACGAACUUCAAGCAGACCUCCAACGUUUUACCAACCACAUCUUCUUCAGAUCCUUUGAUUUCCUACUGAUGGCUACCCACUACGGAAACUACAUCAAAAACCGUCCAGGUUUCGAGAAACUUUUCAGAGGUCUGUCUGAUUCCCUCUGGAACGACGGCAUUGGAAACAUCAAGUACAUCACCUCGCGUGGUGGUGAAAUGAACUUCGAAAACGUUGCCAAGGACUUGAAGGACGAGGAAUUGCAAUCUGCUAAUUUGGAGCUCUAUGAACUGCAAGCCAUCGCCAAGGCUCUGGAUAUUGAAAAGAAAUUGGCUUUGGAAGCUUUUGAAUUGCACAAAUCUGCGUCUGGAAAGAAACACGACAACCACGAUCCAGAAAUCGCUCAUCAUUUGGAGGAAGAGUUCAUGGAGAAACACAGGGAUACCAUCAGGGAGUUGGCUGGACAUAGCCACGACUUGAGCGUGUUGUUGAACGAUCAAGACUCGUCACUAGCUUUGUAUUUGUUUGAUCAACAAUUGCAGAAAUAAGUUUUUGUACUUUCUAUAAAAGUUUGGAAGAUUUUGAAUAGAGUUAGAAGUUAGAAGUAAUUUUACGUAAGAAUAUUGUUUUCCUAUAAUGUAAUAUACAAUAAAUACAGAGAAAAAA